UAUCACCCUGGAGAGCUCCCGUCCACAUGAAUGCGUAGAGCGCCACGGCGCCGCGGAGACUCUCGGUUCUGAAGCUUCCUCCAAACAUCAGAAUUUAUCUGAACCUCAUUGGAUUGAUCGGAGAAUCUUUAAUCAAUGGAUUGGCAAUCAAAAGGUUUGGUCAUUUCAUCGCUCCAGGAGGGCUAAAGGCUAAGAGAGAGCGCGCGUGUGAGAGAAAGGAGCGAGAGGGACAGACAGGGGGUGAGGGUGGGGAGGGUGGGACAGGGGAGCAUUUAUCCUUUCAGCUAUGGAGCUCACCAUGGAGAAUCUGCACAGCGUCUCCUCGCACUCCCAGGCGGGAGACCUCAUGAGCUCUCCGCACGCGCGGCCGUCGCCUUCCCCGAGCUCCACUCCUCGGAAUUUGGUCUCGCACGCUCCAGGCGCACGGUCAGCCAUGGUGUCCGGCAUGGCCUCGCUCCUGGAUGGUUCCAGUGGAGACUACCGGACUGACCCGUCUGCACUGUCUGGACACCUGCACCCCUCCAUCAGCAUGUGCGAGACCGGGAUGAGCCUUAGCAACACAUACACCACGCUGACCCCUCUGCAGCAUCUACCUCCCAUAUCCACCGUCUCGGAUAAGUUCCACCACCCACACUCACACCACCACGCUGCCGCCCAUCAGCGACUCUCCGCCGGGAAUGUCAGCGGCAGCUUCACGCUGAUGCGGGAUGACCACCGGGGGCUCGCCUCCAUGGGCAACCUGUACAGCCACUACCCCAAAGAGAUGUCUGUGUCCGGGAUGGGUCAUGGCUCACUCUCGCCUCUGUCCGGCGGACUGGGCUCUUUGCACAACUCCCAGCAACCGCUCUCAGCCUACGGCCCCAGCGCUCACCUCUCCACCGACGCCAAGAUGCUCUCGCCGGUGUCCGGAUUUGAGUCCCACGCUUCCAUGCUGUCCCGAAGUGACCAAGAGCACCUGGCCAGGAGUUUAGGAGGGCAUGGCCACGGUAUGAUCUCCAACCUUAACGGCAUGCACCACCACCCUCACAGCCACCUCCACUCGCAGGCAAACGGCGCAGUGAUGCUGGGGGACCGGGAGAGGCACGGCCACGGAGCAGGGCAAGGAGUAACAGGGUCAGGUAUCCAAGCGGAGGAAAUCAACACAAAGGAAGUGGCUCAGCGGAUAACAGCAGAGUUAAAGCGGUACUCCAUCCCACAGGCCAUAUUCGCACAGAGAAUCUUGAGUCGGUCGCAGGGAACCCUCUCAGACCUGCUCCGGAACCCCAAACCCUGGAGUAAACUCAAGUCAGGCCGCGAGACCUUCAGGAGGAUGUGGAAGUGGUUGCAGGAGCCCGAGUUCCAGCGGAUGUCUGCUUUACGACUGGCCGGUAAGAAACUGUCCAUUCAGAAUAAUUUUCCACAUGUAAACUGCUCAAUAAGUAGCACAAGCCCGGUCGCCUUUUAAUGAUAUUUUACCCACUUGAAACAGACACACCAAACUUGCGCGGGCCCUAGAUUCAGUACCAGGGACAGCUCUGCAAAAACAAAGCGCGAGGAGCACUAAAAUCACCCGUGUCAUUAUUUCCUGAAACCUGAACCUAGCAACGAUUGUUCAUGGGAAUACGAGCUAAAUCAUUUCGAGCGCUAGAAAACAAAAACAAUGUUGUUGCUUUGUGCGCGUACAUGUGCGUUCGUGAGGCGUGGAAGACUAAAUUCACAGGUCUGUAUUUCUACACACACCAAAUCGCCAUUGAUUCACAAUAAAAACCUGGAAAUAGUUUCCCUCCCUCGGCGCUCUUUUAUUUUUCGCCCUCUCUCUCUCGCUGUGUCCGACCAUAAACACACACACACACACACACACACACACACACACACACACACACACACACACACACACACACACACACACACACACACACAGCGGCGGUUGUGGAGGUGGUGGAGGGGCCACUAGGCCAACUAGUUGCGCGAUAGAAGCGGGGUGACCCCAGGCUGCUUGAUCAAUAGCCAGUUCCCACUCUCUCUUUUAAAUGUGGCACACGGAUCGAUAUUCGUAUUGGAGCUGAAAGACGCAAUAACCGCACGGUCUCUCCGGCAUUACAUCUAAUACUUUAUUAGUAAAAGUUACAUAUUCAGAAACAUCAUGGGCAGGUGUGAUGGCUGGGAGUUAUCACACACUUAACAGUCAGACCAUCAAUUCGAUCAGGUUUAAAAACUUCAAAAACACUAAUGACAUUAUUCAACUCCCUGAGACAUCAUCUGAGACAAGAAAAAACUUAAAAAAAAAAAAAACAUGUUCAUACAUAUAAAACUCCAAAGCUCUAUGCUGGCCCAUAUACUGUAUGAUCCCCAGAUCAAUUUCAAGGCAACCUAUAAGCUGCAUGCACUGUUCUGAUGAAAUAUUGAUUGCAACUGGGAUAGGGAUUGACAGGGACCAGUGUAUGGGAGAAGCACUAUAGACUAUAUAGGGUUUUGAUUGAUACUGAAAAUCACAUGGGAUGAAAAAAAAAACAUAAGGAAAGCUUCUGUUUGUGACAUGAAGAUAGCCAUUAUCGUGUGUUUUAGAAACUCAGGGGGCCCGAAGAUGCCAAUCCUGAAGACUAAAUACACUUGAAUUUAAAGGGGAUAUCAGUAAUACUGUCUUUAGAAGUUUUAUAGUAUCUUCGUGUAAAUUUAAUUUAGGCUUUAAUGUAAAUUAUUUACACCCAAAUGCAUCUUUACUUCAUUUUUGUGAAAGUGUUUAAGCUGUGUAGAUAGAUAGAUAGAUAGAUAGAUAGAUAGAUAGAUAGAUAGAUAGAUAGAUAGAUAGAUAGAUAGAUAGAUAGAUAGAUAGAUGAGGAUUAGUGUCUAAGGCUGUGAGUGUCAUUAAUAGUGUAGCUCUGUCCUCUCAGUGUUUGCCUGGCUUUGCACAUAGGAGAUCAAUAAGGCUGUUUCCCUUCCCCAACCCCCUUCUCUCCCACUCCCUGGCACUCUCCCUCUCUGUUUUCUUUCUCUCUCUACAUCUCUAAAGCAUAUGGCAAUAACAUCACUAAUCUUUCACUGGUUAACCUGGCAACAAGAAGGCAGGAUGUUUGGCUUCAGGAGAUCAGCGCUGCAGAACAAAACAAAACAAAAAAAAAAAUCAUUGAGUGCAGGACGAGGAGGAGACGAAUGGAUGUGAACAAUGCACCCAGCCAUUUUCCACUCUCGCUGCUAUCCUACCAGAUCUAUCUUUUAAUGCCCAUCAAAACUCGCUUCAUGCCAUGAAAGAUUAAUACCAGUCUGCUGCUUCUCAUAUUUUCUAAAGAAUCCAAAUGGAACAAAUUGGGAUGUAAAAAAAAAUCCAGCUUAAGUGCAAAAGCGAGAAAAGCAAAACUGGCAUGUGGAAAAAGAGCUGCAGGAGCUGGGAGAUGCCAUUGAUCGAGCGAGGGGCAAGCAGGUUUGGGCUUUGUGUGAACAGCCAGAUAGAGGCAGGGUAGUGAAAGGAUCAAUACGCACCUUAAUAAUUGAUAAGUAUAAGGAAGACGGAGGGGAAGACAGAGAGAGGCAGAGAGCGGUGGUGGUGUAAGCGCUUGUAACAGCAUCUUCUGUAGGUAAGCAAAGUCAAAUCUGUGGUUAACGGCUGAGGACCACACACACUGCUGUAACACCACAGCAGAGAGGGUGUAAGUGGAUUUCCAAGAACACUGUUUACACCCAAAAACUUCCUGUGAUACAAAAGCAGCACAAGCAGUUAAAUGUAGACUUCCUGCGGUAAAAACUCACAUCAGACACAUGGUUAAGAGGCGAGAGCAGAGGCCAAUCCGAGUGUUUACACCAGGAAAAAUGCAAUAUUUGUGAGUGAAAUUGGGGCAGGGAGGCUGAUGUCUGCACACAAACAUAAAAAGAUGAGAGCUUAAGAGCAUCACAGUCAGACAAAGAGCAUCAGAGCUUCUAUCGAGCCAUAGUAAUGAGUGCUUUCUGCUCAUGUCAGCGAAUCCUCAAAGCAAUCCAAGGUUGUGAUGUCAUUUGAUUUUAAAGGUUGCAAUGCUUUAUGGGGUUUGUAAUGCACCUUUAUAGAGGCAUGCAAGCACAUUUCACCCGGCGUGUGUGUGUGUGCGUGCGUGAGCAUGUGUGUGCAAGUGCUUCUACAUGCACCUGCACAUGUAUGUGUGUGUGUGUGACUGGGUUAUAGAGUGUGUCUGCACUAUACAUUGUUCAGGCUUAUCUGACUCACUCUGAAUCGGUAUUGAUUUCCUCUCUUCUGCUUUCCUCGGCUCUCUCCCUCCUUCCUCCCCUCCUUCUUUCUCUCUCCUGGCUCCAGACCAGCAUCAGCAAAGCAGAUUCUUUGCCUUUCCACUUUUACUUCAUUCCGUCUCUUUGGUCAUCUGUCUAUGUAUCAGACAUAGCUCAUUUUGGAUGAGAUGCUGGCAUUCUGGUGGGAAAUUAGCCAGGAAAAAGCGCCUUGACUUUGAGAACCUAGAGUAAGAAAGGAACAGAGUCAUAAGACUUAAAUACAUGGCAAACACAUGAAAUCUGCAUGUGACGUUUCUGGUUCUCAUAAUCAUCAAGCCACCAUCCAAAAUUAUAUCCAGUAUUUUUUUUACAUUUAACAAAACUACAGGAAGAUAACAGGUCAGGAUGCAGGUUUGGGUGCAAAGUGGACAUCUGUAAUGUGGCAAUGAGGCCUUCAAAGUAAGAUUAAAUACCACGAGGUUGCCUGAUAGAAUAUCCAGUUAAGAUUCACGAUAAAUUCAACAUAAACAUUAAAAGUAAGGUUAACAUUAGUAAAAUGUAGUUCAUUGACUUUCGUAUUAUUUUCUGGGAAGGAAGAUGUAUUACCUGGAAACUGUACAGCUCUAUCUGAGUGGUAAUGUGCAUACAGGUGAGGAAAAUAAAGUGUGUGAGUGGUGUGUGGUGUGUGUGUGUGUGUAUUUAUCAAUAUUUCUUACAGAUCUCCUUCUGUUUUAUGACAAUAGCCUGUAUAGGACACAUUUCAACCUUGCUGUUAUAACGUCCAUUAAUAAGAGUCUAGGACAGUGUUUUUAAACCUCACUUUUUCGUUUUGCUUAAUGUCAGUCUAGCAUCCAUCCAUCUAUCUUGCGUCUUGUAAUUUCUAUUUUAUCAAACAAAAUGUUACUAUCUCUUAUACCUUUUCAAAAUAAAAGCCUGCUUAGAUUUAAAUAUUCUCUCGGAUGAGGAUCUAAAAUACUUAAAUUUGCAGUUUUAUUUAUGAGCAACAACCAAAACUUUCUGAUCAAUAUUUCCAAAGAAAAACAACCACAGUAAAAAGUCCACUUUCCCCACAGUGGUUCGCUUCAACUCACGUGUUUGUUCAUCUCUUGGAAAAGUUGAUCAGAGGCCUCUUCCCCCCUCCAGUUUGAUAAAUAACUUAACGCUGACAUGUUUUGGGGAUCGCAGAACAGGCUACACUGGGUUUUCUUUGGGAAAAAAAGGAGAAAGGCAUUAAAAAACAUUUAAAAGCAGCCUCAGACAGUUUAUAGACUAGUAGCCGAUAUGUGACAGACUGUAAAGCUGCCGAUCACUCGUCUCAACAAGACAACACUGGCUUUGCAUCGACAAAUAAACGAACGUUUCCAAAUAAACCGAUAAAGGUCGAUGAAGAGUAUUUUUAGGGCGAACGGGACGCUUUAGUUUCACCGCUGCUGUGUGUUAAUACUAAUGGCUACUCGGGCGUUUUCUUUACUCCACAGCAAUGAAUAGGCCUAUCAUCUGAUCAAUACAAUCAAUAAGCGUAUUCAUCUGAGAGGUGUGACAGAGAGUGAUUGACGCCAAACUGUUUCUCGCCUGCAGUCGUCCGUCCAGGGCGGGAGAGGGCCCGUCUCACAGGACACAAAGCCCGGUCUCAUCCGUCCGUCCAGCCGUCGAGUAGCAGCAGCACGGUGCGGUUAGUUCACCGUCUGCACCCCCCCACCCCCAUGACCCCCCAUCUCCAUACACAUACACAUACACACAACUACACACACACACACACACACAUGCUAAAUUUAUGUGUAGACCUCCUCAUGUAAAGAAACAACACAUAGGCAACAAACUGAUGUUCUCCUCUUGUUCACAUUGUGUUUUUCUGUCUUUUGAGAAUAUGACCACAUUUCCCUUUUCCAUAAUUUUAAACAUUUUGGUCUUUUAACACUGACCCACAUUAGCUACUCUGCUUUUAUCUGUCUGUCCUUAAGUAAAGAGCAAUAUCUAAGAAUCUCAUCUUCCAGCAAAUUCCCACUCAUGAAUUAGUGGUAUGUAGCCUGAGGUUCAGUGUUUUGACUUUCUGUUUUCGUGACUGGUGUGUUUGAAGAAGAUGUAGUGCCCUGUUUUGAUAGAAGAAAAAGUGUUUUGUUUAUUGAUCUUUUAAAAAAAAACUUUAUAUCCUAUCCUGUCAGCUGAGCAGGGGUGUAUCUAGAUAGUUGGCUGAGGGUGGCAUACUUCCCUUAAAAUUGGCCACCCCAAAAUCCUAAAUAUUUUUUGGCUGUUUUCCAGACCAAUUAAGCUACUAGUUGAAGAACUGAGACGUUAAUGAUAAGAAUUUUUCAAAGGAUUGUAAUUUUGCAACUGUUCCGUAACCUUUCAUAGUAAAAUGUAGCAUCAGACCAAGUGUGAGUUAAGUUUUUAGUCAAGUUGGAGGAAAUUUGAGACUUACUUUUAAACAAAAUAAAAAAAUAGUGUAGCAGUCUUUGGGUGAGUUUUUCCACCCGACAUCAGAUAUGGCACCUAAAAUGCGAUGGUGUCUGAAUGUACAUUGGUCGACAUAUCAAUUUUUAUCCUUACAAGAUAACCCCUCCAAAACCCGAAAGGUUUUCAGUCAAUUAUUAUAAUAUUAAAUAAAAAACAAUAGUACAGUACUAGCAGAGAAGGCAAUGUUAGCCAAAGCUAGUAUAGUAACACUAAUACAUCAAAAUUUUGAAAACAACUUUUUAUCACUUUAGUCUUAUACAUUUUAAUGUAUAACUUUUAAAAACUUGUUUUUAAUGAGAGAAUUGAACUUUGUCAGUGGGCAUGGUACAUGUGGCACAAAAAUCUACAGUAAGCGGAGUGUUUUCUUACGUCCUCAAACAUGCCCUUAAGGAAGUAGACCACAAGUCUAUUAGAAAAGUCUGAGUCUAUUAAGUUGAUUUCUACUCUCACAUAUAACUAAAACAAUAGAAAAGGAUUGUGCACCUACUUCUAUUCCCAUCCACCACCAAAGAGAAGAAAAAACUUCUCACGUGAUAAAGCUGAGCUGAUCUCAAAGAGAGACACAGGCACAACUUAACAAAGUAAGCAAGUUAAUCUCUGGACUAGAAAGAGGGUUAGGAUUAUCAAAGUGGCAUUUUCCUCAUACCUUUAAGACACAUAUGAAGGAAAGGUGCCACUUAAGUCUGUUGAGUGAUCGCUUGUCUCUUCAGAGAAGCCCAUUUGGUAAUGAGGGGACUAAAGAUAGCCUACAACAGUGGUUCUCAUCUCAGGAGACAUUGCUUUAAUGAGCAGCCCCUUCUUUAUCUUCCCUGUGGUCCUCUUCAUUGCUGGGGGGGAAGGGGGGGUCAGAGAAGUCUCAUUUGAAAUGUAUCUAUUGAUUAUUUGAAAUAUGUAUUGACCCGGCCAGGGCCCUGUGUGCUAACUCCUUCAUUGCUUCAUUGGUUGGGACGUGCAGCUGCAAGGCUCUGCAGGCCCCAGAGCUGCUUCGGAGCUGAUUGGAGGAGAACCAGAGUGGUGUUGGCAUUGUAAAAUGGCCGGUAGCACGAGUUGUUGGAAAACAGGCAUUACAUAUUAAAUUAUCACUAUAUUAGCACUAGCAUUCAGUCAUUACAUUAGGGAGUAUUGAGUUUGGUUCGAGACAGCACUUAGAGAGCCGCAAGGAGAUUCUGGCAUGGCUGGGCCCUGAACCAAUUGAAUAAACGUUCCAUGAAAUGGUUCUGAAGUGUGGAUCAAUCAAUGAGGGGGCUAUCAAUCUGAGGGCAAAUUAAAACAAUUGAGAAAAACAACUAGAGGAAAACAGUAGAAGAAGUAGAGUAGGCAUGCAGGGGUGCAUCUUUGAUGGUAUGGAGGAGUGUACUGUAUAUCCGAGUUUCUGCUGUUGAGGAAAAGAUCUGGUUUAUUAAUUAUGCUUUGCUUGCAGGAACAAAGCAUGAACAAUGGCAUUGCAGACACAUGCACACUCACACACAGGCAUGCAUACACAUGUGCACGUUCAUAUUGAUCCCUCCUCACAGUCAAAUCUGUUUACUGCUGUUGUCUAAACCUGCUGUACAGUCAUCAAUCAUUUGCAUACACCACCUCCACACAUGGAGCCAGCUUUACUCCUUCUUUCCCAUCUUUCAUCCCAUCUCAUACUUUUCCAAUUUUGCCAUUUUUCCUUUAAGGUUUCAUUUUUUUUAAUCUGACAUAUAAGUAAACAUUCCUGUGUCCUCCUCGGAGCUCACAGACGGGAUGACUGCCACUCUUUUCCGCCACAUCUCCUUUGUUCCUCUACAGAUAAACAAUUUCUUCUCCAUCUGUCUGUCACAGAAGCGCGCUCGCGUGCUGCAACUCCCCGAUGCGAGGCGGCGCACGGACUCAUGGCACACACAUACACACACGCCCGCGCACAAAUUCACGCACACACACCCCUCGGUCUCGCGGAUCGAUGGGGAUCGAUCGGGUGGGGAAGGGAGCCCUGAUUACUGGACCACGUGUUCGGGAGAAAACCGCGGAAAAUCGAUCAUUGCAGCUUUUUAGGGCAGCAGAACAGAACAGACUCCCUCCAGUCUCCACAGCGCGAGCCGAGAGCCUACUGACGGUGCAGCCAGGCACGAGAGAGCGUUUCUUUGUCAGCAUUUCACAACACGCCCCUCCAGUUCAACCAGACCCUCAGACUCUGAAAACUAUUUCUCCACCAUAACAACAUAAAUACUACAGAGUUCUAGCUGUUCACACCGUCCUGCAACAAUAUAGUGAUAUUGAGUCCCUGCGCUCACACUGAAUUAACACACUGGGGGUUUGUGUGUUGCAGCCCAUUAUCCAUAAACUGUACAGCCCACUUUACAUUACUGAUGACCGCAUUUAAAUCCCUCUUUGAGUUUCCAGAUUGAUCGCCUAUCCUCCAGGUUACCACUGGUUUCACUUCAUUUCACCUCACUUUGAAAAUCUACUCGAAAGAAGUCGAAAUUUGUUUGAAAUGAGAUUUCAUCCCAGAAAGUACAAUAAGGCUACUAAAUGUUAAUGUCUUGUUCAAUAGCAUUAAAAAACUAUCCUGUGUGCAGUCUUUAAACAGAGUUUAACACCUGGUUAUUGAUACUUUUUACAGGCUAUACACCAAGAAUAAUAUUUUGCAUGCUCAAGUCUUGUUUUAAAUACAACUGGAUGAAAGAGCCUCUACUGAUAUUGAUCAAAAGCGGAAAUUAUCCUUGGGCCAUGGAGCCACAUACUGCUGUGCAACUUCGUUUGCCUGAAACCAAGCAGCAUAAUUAAAAUUUACCCAAGUAAAGGAUUUGAAAGAAGAGUAAUAAAGGAUGUAACAACAUUAAACAAGCAUAAGGAAAUGCGAAGGUGCAUCCCGAUAGGUGGCCAGGGCCCAUCUGACGAUCUGAUUGACCCCUCAGGUGCUGCCCAGAAAUCCUUUACUAUGGUUGGCUGUUUGUCCGGCUGAAAACAGGGCUUAUGAGAAAUCAAAUUUUUUAGCUGUAGCAUUUUACUUUGUAUUUAAAUGUCACAGAAUUUCUCUGAGUCAGGUGCAUAAAAGAGAAAAAAUAGAAACACCAUAACAUUACUAAUGUGUGUAUUUUUGUCGGACAGGGAGCAGGAGUUUUCUUACAACUUGUAUAGAGCUUUAUAUCCUUUUUUGCCCCUGAUUCUUUAAAGAAUCAAACUAAAAGUAUUAUACUGUAUGUUACCACACUAAUGUGUUAUUGUUUACAAGUUAGAAUAGAACACAUAAUGUGUGCAUACUUUGAAUCUAAGAGGUUUCCAUGGAAAUGUUAGGUGGAAACAGAAGGAGCAAAGGAAUCUUGUUCUUUUCCCCGUAUGCUCACACACUUUAUUCUACCUCUGCAAAAGUCAGCGCCUCGGUUGGGCUACCCCUGGAUGUGCCUCUAAUACAGAGCGAACCAAACACAGAAUGGAACACCGCAGUCCCCUGAUAGCAAGAGGAAAUACUGCUGAAGGAGAACCAAGUUAAAAACACGAGUGGUCGACCGAUAUCAGUUUUUCAAUAGCUGAUUCCCAUACUAAUAAUGAGAGAGCAGGUUAGCUGAUAUACAAUGCUGAUAUGGCUGUUCUUUUGCAUUUGACAAAUACAAUAAUAUCAUAUCUGCUAGCUUAAAAAAAAAAAUAAUAAUUGCUGAACCUUAAGUGAAUAUUUUACGACAUAAAUGUAGACACAUUAGUCUGUUAAAAAUGUCAUAUUAGGGAAUUUUAACAGUUUAUAUAAACUAGUAAAAUCAACCAUACGAAUCAAAACAAUAGGGCAAUGACAGGGCAGUGAGAGUCUUCUGGUGCUGUGGACUUAACGCACUGAGACUAACUUAGGCUUUCAAAGUUGAAAGUGAGUCUAAGGAACAUUUAAAUUUGAUGCUUUUUACUCACCAGAGUAGAUUCUUUCCAUUGUGGCUUUUGUUUUUUUCUUUCUUCUUUCCCAUCCUUCCCAUUAUAGACUGGUUGCCUUCCUGUAACAUAUUGUUUUGUGGUAACAUGUUUGUUUCUACCUGUAUGAGUCAGUCAUGAUGAAAACAAAAAUAACAAGCUUAACACAUUCAACUAAUGUAUUCUUGUCACAUUUCCAUUAUUAGUUUAUUUCCAAUCAACACCUCUGUGCUGUAUGCUGAGAAAACUUAUCCGACUGUCGAGUAUUCAAAUGGCAAUGAAACUCUUUUUGUUCUAUUCUCUCUCCUCCCCUCUUUUUGCAGCAUGUAAGCGGAAGGAGGAGGACCGAGGACGAGAGCGUAACCAGGUGCCAAAGAAGCAGCGACUGGUCUUCACAGACCUGCAGCGUCGUACCUUGGUAGCCAUCUUUAGAGAGAACCGUCGGCCCUCCAAAGAGAUGCAAGUCACUAUCUCACAGCAGCUGGGCCUGGAGCUCUCCACCGUCUCCAACUUCUUCAUGAACUCACGCCGCCGCUGUCCGGACCGCUGGGACACAGAGGAGCACGGUCAUGGGCUUCACAGCCACGGCCACACUCCUCACGGGAACAGCAGCAACAAUAACGCCUCAUCCAUCCAACCUGGUACCUCCUCUGCUACCACUUUCUCCAAGGCCUGAUGGGGCAGGGCAGACUGUUGAACACAUGCAUGGAGGAUGGAGGGGUGGGGUGUUUUUCUUUAGCAGGAGGCUCUAAUUCCAGUCCUGCACAGCUACAGGGUGUGUAGCUUUAAACCAGUCAUCUGAUUCCUCUGCUCAAAAUGCUGAUAAUAUGUGCAGAUGAAUCAGAUCCUCUCAAUGCUCCAUGUUUCACUUUUUAAUUUGAAUGUAACUCAAGGGGGUUCAAAUGCAUUUCAAACUAUGACUUUGUAAACCAAAGAUUCAGUAGCUUGACGUGAGUCACACUCAAUCACAUGUGGCUUUUAGUGAAUCCACCUGAAAACCAAAGACACCCUGAAUCACACUGUGGGUCAACGUUAAAGCCUUGAGAAGGAUGUAAACAUGCCAAAGAAUCACUCAUGACAUGGAACCAUUAGCUGUAGGACAGGAAACCUUGAGCUGCCACAUGUCGGUCAUCAGAAAUCAGACAGCAGGUGUGUGUACUGGGCUGUGAUUUAACCACUCCUCAUUUCAGUAAGACUGAUUGAGAGGUGCGUUCAUGUGUCAAGUAUCUGUUGACCCGCUAACCACAUACCACACUGCGGCUCUGCAUCACUGCAUGUCUGUGCCAUGCGUGUGCAUGUGUGUACCGUUCACAUGCUGUGUGUGGGCUGUAAUUCCUCUGCAGUGAUUACGCCUGCUCCCUUCAAGACUUACAACGCCACCUGCUGUUCAUUCAAAUCAAAUCUGAACAUGCUGUAGUGUGGUUUUCAUCAAGGAUAUACAUCCCGAUACUCUGUUUAAGCAUUAGUGUAGCCCUGCGAAUACCUAAGUGAGGCAAAAUGACAGAACUCAACAAACACUUUGAUACAUAUUUGAAUGUCAGUUUCUUAAGACUGUCAAGUGUGAGGCAACAUGGCCGUAGAUUGUGUAGAGAGGUUACUUUCAGGUUCAAAAAGGAGAACAAUCAAGGGAUGACACUCCCAAUGUUAAAAGCAGUUUCCCCGGUGGAGGGAGUGGGGGAGGGGGGGUCUGCUCUGUUCUAGUGGCCAAAUGCAGAGGUUAAAUGUCACAAUAUAGGAUCCUGAGUGCCAAUGAUGUUUGCCUCUUUAUGAUAAUCAGAGAACAGGUGCAGCUCACUCCAACGCCAUGCGCCCCUCGCCGUGUACAACCUGUGUUGUUACGACCCCAGGCGCAUCGCCUACUCCAUACCUCAGAAACACAUUGAUGUGAUCUACAUGAAACACAAUGAAAAUAACUGUAAAUAAUAUUUAAUUUUCUCUCUGUCUUAUCUAUCCUCUUUUUAUCUAUCUCUUGCUACUCCCCCUGUUGUGUCUUUCUUUCUUUCCCCCCUCCUUAACUAUUGAUGCGGGUAAUAAUAGUACCAUAGACACAUGGUUUCUCUCUCGUGACUAUUGUGCUAUGUUGUGCUGAAACUAUAUGUAAAGAAGCACCUUGUGGACAAAAUGUAAAAAACUUCAAGAUGAAAAAAUGUUAUCAUGUCAUGAACUGAUCCUAUGCACAGACAGAAAGGGAAGUGACAAACUGUGCAUAUUUGUGAAUACGGCUGUGAUGGGAUGGACAGACCUCUUCCAAAAUGGAUCUCUGAGAUUUGAGUGCUUUGAACGGGACUGUCACUGCAUUCCUCUGCUGAUGGUGAUUUCUGGUUACCAUGAGAACCGCCUCAUUUAAUUUUGUGUAUUUAAGAUUUUUUUUUUUUUAAUGUGUGGGCAAAGCCACUUGUUGUGUAGCAUCUUCUAGCGGGAGAUAAUCAUAUUAGAGAGGAGACGCAGACAGGAGGGUGCAGCAGGGGAGGUGGGAGCCUCAGAGGUCCAUCGUGAGAAAACAUUUAAGUGACAUUCCUCCGUGUUUGGGUUGUGGCCAUUUUGAAGUGCACUAUAACAGGCUCCCUAUUGGAGGUGUCAUUUAAGACUUAGUGCAGAUGUUUAAAAAAAUCAAAAGCAGAGGUUUAGUGAUGGGAACAGACGUGCGUGUGUGUGUGGCUACCUCACAGAAUAGAGAGGACUGCGACACAGCCAUCAAUACCAAAGAUACUUCAAGCCUGCCCUGUUCACACUGGACCUGGAAUGUGCACACUGGCCAAACCAACUCACACGCACACACACUCACACACACACACACGCACACACACACACACGCAGACAUUUAAGUAUUCAUCUAAGUCUGCAUACAUACCUCCACAGAGCAGUCAUGCUGCAUUGCGAACACAUAAGUGUUUGUUAUGUGGAAAAGAGUUGAGUGCCUUUUUCCUUCAACCAGGGGAUGGACUGCUCUGCACACAAACACACACCCCAACACACACAAACACAAACACACAGUGUCGAAAUGAAUGGGAAGCGAAACAGGAGGGGACCACAAACAUUACAAGACCUUUUUGUUUAAAAUCAGAGAGCACCUUUUUCACACAAUGAGGGACAAAAAUUGUUUAUGACCAUCAUGUUUUCUUUGUUGCAUAUGUUUUUACGCAAUACACACACUCACACACACUCCCACCAGAGAUAUUUUUGUGUAAUUUAUAAUCAGAGUGUAUGUGUUUGUGUGUAUCUGACUGUUUACAAAGCUCUCUGACCCGGCGCCAUCAUUGGCUCUCAUCCAAAUUAAUUUCCCGUCAUUAUAUGAAUUAAGAUGACGCUCCAAAAGAGACAUGACCCCCAGCCAGUGAACCCCCCGUCCCAUCUAAACCCUCUCUGCUGGUCCCUCCGUCCAGGGUAGCAUCACGACAAGGCAGGCAUGUGUAGACAAUUCAUCUUGAUAUACCUCAAAUCUUUAUUGUUAAGGUUAAUGUAGUAAAACAAUAAUGACAAUGUCUAGCAAUGAGAGUGACAUUAAAAGUCACGGCAAAAUGAUUGUUCCAUUUUUUUCAUUUCUUUAAGGGAGCACGUGCAGUAUGAGUCGUCUUAUGGCUUUACAUCUUUUGAUUUGGUUAACUUAUUAUUAGUAGGUGUGCACGUAGUCCUUUUUGGAGCUUUUUAAAAUUCUGAGUAAUGUAUGAAGAAAUAGAGAAUAAGACGUAGGAAAGGUCAUAUGAAAAAAUUCGAAAUUAAAGGAGGAAGAAAUCAGUAUAGAAGGAUAAAAAAUAUACACAGAAUUCAAAUAAUUGAUAAUUGAAAAAAAUGACGCAGUAAGGACACUCAUUCAUGUUUUAUAUCAUUUUCUGGCUUGAUUUUUGUUCGAAGAUUGUCUCAUAUGUGUGUUAAAAUGAUUCCCAUAUUAAAAAAGUAAGAGUACCAACCAAAGCACCGCUGUCAUUACGGUUGGGAUGAGCGAUUCUUUUAUGCAUGGAUACUAUAUAAGUGUAUAUUAAACUGCAGGAUGAAUUGUACCUCUACAGGUGGAAAAGAGGGAGAGAAACAGGGAAAACAACUGGGUUUUGGUUUCAGAGUAAUCUUCAUUUUCCUUUCACUUUGUGCGUUUUAUGUGCUGUUUGUGUAUUUGUAUAAAAUCUGUGUAUUUAUAUCUGUUUCCUCACAUUCUUCCCUUCUGUUGUAACCCUCCCUUUGUGUAGAAAUAACCCCUGCACUUUCACGUCUGUAUCUUUCCUUUGUCUUACCACACAGUGAGAGUAUGUGAGUUUCCCUGUUUUGUUCUUGUAUUUCAGCUCAUUUGUGUUUAAUCCAGAGUUCGAUCAGUCUGAGUGUUUGUCUGUUUUAUGAGCUAGCUGAGGAAAAAAAACAGAUAGACAGUCGGGCUGCUGAAAUACGGUGUCUCCCAGUGCAUCAAAAUGCCGUCAUUUUCUUUUUCUUUAAGACAGACCUCAGCGCUCUGGAAACUCCAGUGUCGAUGUUCUCUCCCUCUUCCCUUACCAAUCAAUCAAUCAGAACCAAGUGUCUUUGUGAUGGUAGAAGACAAUCAAUUUCAAAUAGAGCAGAGACAAAAAAGGAGGGAGAGAGGGAGAGAGUGAUGGAGGAGGGCAGAUAUUCUGACUGGACAUCAGAGAUGGGGGGAGAGGAGGAAGGAUGGCUCUCAGAGGGUAGUGUGUGUGUGUGUGUGUUCACCUUUAACCUCUGCUGAGUGACCUUUACGGUGUAGGCCGGGGCACCCAGGACCCUCCCUUGGGCUACAAUGGGAACAGUGGUUGAUGGUGGGGGAGAUCGGACUUGUUAAGUGGACACCCAAUCGAAGAUGAUCAAAUGCCUGCACAUAUAUGCACAGUACACAUGCACAAACACACACACGCACACACACAGGCGACCCCCAGAGAGCCUUUCUUCUGAUCGUCAUCUCCAAGCAUCUCGGUGAGUCUGUCAGUCAUGAUGGUCUGCCUUCAGCCUGUGGAGGGAAAGUCAAGUAAUAACUGGAACAAAUACUACAUCAAGAGAAAACCAGUAUGGGUAAAUUGUGUUUGACUAAAACAAAUAAAGAAACAAGC